AUGGCAGGUCAUACCUUUUGCACUUCGGAAGUUCAAACAACAAUACCACUUCUAAGGGAAGUAUAUGAUGAUAGCAUGACCAAAGUGUUAUAUGUUGGCCCCGAUACUUGUUCGAUGAUAUCCAAAUUACUCAUAGACGACGAAGAUGAUUAUGAAGCUUGGGGUUUGGAACCAUAUGGCUCUGAUUCUAGUUACUUCAAUUGCUGGGAUCUCAUCCAUAAAGGCAUCAUCCGUGUUGCCGAUGUUAAAUUUGCUCUGCCUUAUGGAGAAAAUUCAUUUUCUCAUGUUAUAAUUUCAGAUACUUUGGAAUAUUUCUCUUCACGAUACCUAAACAGCACAAUUUUUGAGUUGAUGAGGGUGUCUAGAGAGGGUGUUAUCAUUUUUGCUGGUUAUCCAGAUUAUCCAAUUUCAGAAUUCACCAGAUUUAAAUUUGACCGUCAGGUUCUCAAGUAA